GGAACUAAGAGUGGCGGCAAUCCUUUCUUUCAGCUGGAGUGCUCCUCAGGAGCCAGCCCCACCCUUAGAAAAGAUGUUUUCCAUGAGGAUCGUCUGCCUGGUCCUAAGUGUGGUGGGCACAGCAUGGACUGCAGAUAGUGGUGAAGGUGACUUUCUAGCUGAAGGAGGAGGCGUGCGUGGCCCAAGGGUUGUGGAAAGACAUCAAUCUGCCUGCAAAGAUUCAGACUGGCCCUUCUGCUCUGAUGAAGACUGGAACUACAAAUGCCCUUCUGGCUGCAGGAUGAAAGGGUUGAUUGAUGAAGUCAAUCAAGAUUUUACAAACAGAAUAAAUAAGCUCAAAAAUUCACUAUUUGAAUAUCAGAAGAACAAUAAGGAUUCUCAUUCGUUGACCACUAAUAUAAUGGAAAUUUUGAGAGGCGAUUUUUCCUCAGCCAAUAACCGUGAUAAUACCUAUAACCGAGUGUCAGAAGAUCUGAGAAGCAGAAUUGAAGUCCUGAAGCGCAAAGUCAUAGAAAAAGUACAGCAUAUCCAACUUCUGCAGAAAAAUGUUAGAGCUCAGUUGGUUGAUAUGAAACGACUGGAGGUGGACAUUGAUAUUAAGAUCCGAUCUUGUCGAGGGUCAUGCAGUAGGGCUUUAGCUCGUGAAGUAGAUCUGAAGGACUAUGAAGAUCAGCAGAAGCAACUUGAACAGGUCAUUGCCAAAGACUUACUUCCCUCUAGAGAUAGGCAACACUUACCACUGAUAAAAAUGAAACCAGUUCCAGACUUGGUUCCCGGAAAUUUUAAGAGCCAGCUUCAGAAGGCACCCCCAGAGUGGAAGGCAUUAACAGACAUGCCGCAGAUGAGAAUGGAGUUAGAGAGACCUGGUAGAAAUGAGAUUACUCGAGGAGACUCCACCUCUUAUGGAACCGGAUCAGAGACGGAAAGCCCCAGGAACCCUAGCAGUGCUGGAAGCUGGAACCCUGGGAGCUCUGGACCUGGAAGUUCUGGAAACCGAAACCCUGGGAGCUCUGGGACUGGAGGGACUGCAACCUGGAAACCUGGGAGCUCUGGACCUGGAAGUACUGGAAGCUGGAACUCUGGGAGCUCUGGAACUGGAAGUACUGGAAACCAAAACCCUGGGAGCCCUAGACCUGGUAGUACCGGAACCUGGAAUCCUGGCAGCUCUGAACAUGGAAGUGCUGGGCACUGGACCUCUGAGAGCUCUGUAUCUGGUAGUACUGGACAAUGGCACUCUGAAUCUGGAAGUUUUAGGCCAGAUAGCUCAGGCUCUGGGAACGCGAGGCCUACCAACCCAGACUGGGGCACAUUUGAAGAGGUGUCAGGAAAUGUAAGUCCAGGGACAAGGAGAGAGUACCACACAGAAAAACUGGUCACUUCUAAAGGAGAUAAAGAGCUCACGACUGGUAAAGAGAAGGUCACCUCUGGUAGCACAACCACCACGCGUCGUUCAUGCUCUAAAACCGUUACUAAGACUUUUAUUGGUCAUGAUGGCCACAAAGAAGUUACCAAAGAAGUGGUGACCUCCGAAGAUGGUUCUGACUGUCCCGAGGCAAUAGAUUUAGGCACAUUGUCUGGCAUAGGUACUCUGGAUGAGUUCCGCCAUAGGCACCCUGAUGAAGCUACCUUCUUCGACACUGCCUCAACUGGAAAAACAUUCUCAGGUUUAUUCUCACCUAUGUUCAGAGAGUUUGUCAGUGAGACUGAGUCUAGGGGCUCAGAAUCUGGCAUCUUCACAAAUACAAAGGAAUCCAGUUCUCAUCCCCCUGGGAUAGCUGAAUUCCCUUCCCGUGGUAAAACUUCAAGUCACAGCAAACAAUUUACUAGUGGCACGAGUUACAGCAGAGGAGGCUCCACAUUUGAAAGCAAGAGCUAUAAAAUGGCAGAUGAGGCCGGAAGUGAAGCCGAUCAUGAAGGAACACAUAGCACCAAGAGAGGCCAUGCUAAAUCUCGCCCUGUCAGAGACUGUGAUGAUGUCCUCCAAACACAUCCUUCAGGUACCCAAAGUGGCAUUUUCAAUAUCAAGCUACCGGGAUCCAGUAAGAUUUUUUCUGUUUAUUGCGAUCAAGAGACCAGUUUGGGAGGAUGGCUUUUGAUCCAGCAAAGAAUGGAUGGAUCACUGAAUUUUAACCGGACCUGGCAAGACUACAAGAGAGGUUUCGGCAGCCUGAAUGACGAGGGGGAAGGAGAAUUCUGGCUAGGCAAUGACUACCUCCACUUACUAACCCAAAGGGGCUCUGUUCUUAGGGUUGAAUUAGAGGACUGGGCUGGGAACGAAGCUUAUGCAGAAUAUCACUUCUGGGUAGGCUCUGAGGCUGAAGGCUAUGCCCUCCAAGUCUCCUCCUAUGAAGGCACUGCGGGUGAUGCUCUGAUUGAGGGUUCCGUAGAGGAAGGGGCAGAGUACACCUCUCACAACAACAUGCAGUUCAGCACCUUUGACAGGGAUGCAGACCAGUGGGAAGAGAACUGUGCAGAAGUCUAUGGGGGAGGCUGGUGGUAUAAUAACUGCCAAGCAGCCAAUCUCAAUGGCAUCUACUACCCUGGGGGCUCCUAUGACCCAAGGAAUAAUAGUCCUUAUGAGAUUGAGAAUGGAGUGGUCUGGGUUUCCUUUAGAGGGGCAGAUUAUUCCCUCAGGGCUGUUCGCAUGAAAAUUAGGCCCCUUGUGACCCAAUAGGCUGAAGAAGUGGGAAUGGGAGCACUCUGUUUUCUUUGCUAGAGAAGUGGAGAGAAAAUACAAAAGGUAAAGCAGUUGAGAUUCUCUACAACCUAAAAAAUUCCUAGGUGCUAUUUUCUUAUCCUUUGUACUGUAGCUAAAUGUACCUGAGACAUAUUAGUCUUUGAAAAAUAAAGUUAUGUAAGGUUUUUUUUAUCUUUAAA